AUGUCCACAGAAACCUACGCCAUUAUCGGCGCCGGCCUCUCCGGCCUAACCCUCGCCCUCGCCCUGCACCAACAAUGCCCCGGCAGCAGCACCACCAUCUACGAGUCCCGCCCCGCCGCCCUCGACAUCGGCGGCGCCAUCACCCUCUCCCCGAACGCCCUCCGCAUCCUCGACCGCCUGGGCAUCUACUCGCGCUUCCGUCAGCAAGCCUACGAAUUCGACACCCUCCACUACCGCACCUCCACCAACCAACCCCUCGACACAUACGAGUUCGGCAGCGCCCCGAAAUACGGCUACCGGGGGAUGCGCAUCUACCGCCACGCAGCCAUCAACAUCCUCACCGAGCUGGUGGCCGAAGCGGGGGGGAUUCAGGUCCACUAUAACAAGAAAUUCGCCCGCGUGGUGGCUGAAACCCGCGAGGAGGUGGUGUUUGGGUUCGCGGACGGCGCGACGGCGAGGGCGCGGUAUCUGCUCGGGGCGGAUGGGAUUCAUUCCGCGGUGCGGGGGUAUUUGUUUCCGGACCUCGGGGUGGAAUUUAUGGGUGCGGUGGCGGUUACGGCGACGGUGCCGACCCAGCAAUUAUACACCGGGAGAGGUGGAGGUGGAGCAGAGGGGGAGGAGAGUGCGGAUGGGGAGUGGCCGCUGCCGGUGACGAUUAUGAAUCGCAAGUACGGGGCGUUUGUCAUCGCGCCGCAGCGGAAGGAUGGGGAGGAGGUGCUGAUUGGGAGGCAGAAGCGCAUGGAUCGUCCACGGGAUCGCGCGGGGUGGGCGGCGCUCUUGAAUGGGGAGGGGCAGGAGGGGAAUAAGGAGUGGUGUGUGGACUUUCUCCGCGAAGGGGUCGAGGAGUUCCCCGCGAUUGUGCAGCGGGCUGUCCAGCGGAUUGAUCCGGAUACGGUCAACCUGUGGCCGUUUUAUCGUGUGCCCCAGUUGGAGAGGUGGACGUCGACGAAGAUGUCCAGGGAGCAGGAGCAGGAGCAGGAGCAGCAAUACGGAAGGGUGGUCAUUCUGGGGGACGCGGCCCAUGCGAUUCCUCCGAGUGCCGGGCAGGGAGUUAAUCAGGCGAUCGAGGAUGUAUACACCUUUGCCUUGAUUGCGGGACGGGGCGAGAAGGCAGGGACGGGGUGGGAGGAGGGAAGGGCCAAAGCGUGGAAGGCGUGGCAGGCUGGGAGGCAGGCGAGGGUGGAUCGCGUGUUAGAAUUGAAUGCCAAGGUGGAUUCGCGGAGGAUGAUUCCGUUACAGGAGGGGGACCAGGAGCAAGGGGUUGCGGUGGAGGUGGAGAUGGAGCCGUUUGAGCUCGGAUGGUUGUAUCAACCGGACUUUGAGGUCAUGGUGGAUGAGUGGUUGGCUGCAGAGGGGGUUACUUUUGGAUUGUGAUCAACUUCUGGGUGUUUUCUUUUGGGGAUGCUUGUCAG